ACUAAAAGAAUCAUAUUGACUGAGUCAUGCAUAAUUUAAAGGUCAUGUUAUGAUCUAGCUUGUGGUUUAUUUGCGGCAGGAUGCAAAUGCGUAUAUAAAUAAGACUGAACAUUUCGUUGUCAUUAUAACUUGGAAUUUUCUUACUGAUACAUCUGAAAGACUAACUAUGUCGGUGGAGGCGUACCUGCCUUCCUCUCCUAUCACGACGGGCCUGGUUGCCCUGGUAGCGGGCCUCUUCUCCUUCUGGCUGCUCAGGCGCAUGCGCUAUAACUACCCGCCCCGCCCAGGCAUCGCGCUCCCCCUGCUGGGACAUGCUUACAAAUUAACGUUAAAUGACCUUCCACAGCAAGCGUUUGAAUGGUCGAAGGUAUACGGACCAGUUCUGACCAUCCAUCUAGGUCCAAUGAAGACAGUUGUGGUAAACAAGAUAGACGAGGCGCUAGAGGUUCUCGUGAAAAAGUCCACAGACUUUGCCAACAGGCUUAUCACACCCUCAGUCGAGAUGUUUACGGACGGGUGUCGGGACAUCGCGUUCAGUAACUACUCGCCCACAUGGAAACUACACCGUAAACUCUCCUCAAAGGCCCUCAGAUACUACAUGCAGGGACCGGCCCUAGAACACCGUGUGCAUGCGGCCUUGGAGACGGCACUGGCGGAGAUGGACGGGCACGCGGACUCGCCCUUUGACCCUGUCGAACACAUCAACUUUAUAGUGGGCAAUAUCCUUACCGGCUUAUGCUUCGGAGGAUCAUACGGUUUCGAAGACAAAGAAGUAAACUUCAUCAUAGAAUACGGGGACCAGCUGACCAAGGAUGGGCUGGAAUCAGGGACUCUGGAGGACAUCAUUCCUCCCAUCAGGCACGUGUACAAGUCACCGGGAUUUCGAAAACUGGAGAAAUUCUACAAAAAAGUGAUAGUGGACUUCAUUGGAAAGAAAUACCAUGAUGAAAAAAAGACAUUUAAACGAGACGAGUUGCGUCACCUCGUGGACCACCUUAUUCUUGCUCGUACGGAGGCUGAGGUAUCGGAAGGAGAUGCCCUUGUCGCCCUGACAGAUGCACACAUCAUACAGACCAUUGCGGACAUAUUCUUUGCGGGUGUGGACACGUCCCGAAUGACAUUGCGGUUUGCGCUGCUACACAUGGCCGCCUACCCCGACAUACAAGCGAUAGCCCAGGAGGAAAUUGACCGCGUCGUAGGCCGUGACCGUCUCCCAGGAUUGAGCGACCGACCGGAUCUAGCGUACACGGAGGCCGUGCUACAUGAGAGUAUGCGCAUCGCCACCGUGGCCCCCACCGGCGUCUGGCACGAAACGCUUUGUGACACAUCCAUAGGAAGUUACAAAAUCCCUAAAGGCACGCCGGUGAUGAUCAACCACUGGGCCUUGCACCACGACCCGGAUGCCUGGGACGAGGUUGAGAAGUUUAAACCCGAGCGCUACCUCGAUGAGCACGGGAAGCUCGGACCAAAACCCAAGAGCUGGCUCCCCUUUGGAGCAGGCAAACGAGUGUGCCUGGGUGAGUUCGUUGCAAAACCAGAGUUGCACCUGAUCUUCGCGAGCUUAUUACAGCGUUAUCGGUGGUCGCCAGAGGCAGGACGCAUUGUGGACAUUUCGCCCGAGAAAAGCCCGCUGUCAAACACUCCAAAGGCGCAGAAACUCCGCAUGGAAAGACUAACUAUGUCGGUGGAGGCGUACCUGCCUUCCUCUCCUAUCACGACGGGCCUGGUUGCCCUGGUAGCGGGCCUCUUCUCCUUCUGGCUGCUCAGGCGCAUGCGCUAUAACUACCCGCCCCGCCCAGGCAUCGCGCUCCCCCUGCUGGGACAUGCUUACAAAUUAACGUUAAAUGACCUUCCACAGCAAGCGCUUGAAUGGUCGAAGGUAUACGGACCAGUUCUGACCAUCCAUCUAGGUCCAAUGAAGACAGUUGUGGUAAACAAGAUAGACGAGGCGCUAGAGGUUCUCGUGAAAAAGUCCACAGACUUUGCCAACAGGCUUAUCGUACCCUCAGUCGAGAUGUUUACGGACGGGGGUCGGGACAUCGUGUUCAGUAACUACUCGCCCACAUGGAAACUACACCGGAAACUCUCCUCAAAGGCCCUCAGAUACUACAUGCAGGGACCGGCCCUAGAACACCGUGUGCAUGCGGCCUUGGAGACGGCACUGGCGGAGAUGGACGGGCACGCGGACUCGCCCUUUGACCCUGUCGAACACAUCAACUUUAUAGUGGGCAAUAUCCUUACCGGCUUAUGCUUCGGAGGAUCAUACGGUUUCGAAGACAAAGAAGUAAACUUCAUCAUAGAACACGGGGACCAGCUGACCAAGGAUGGGCUGGAAUCAGGGACUCUGGAGGACAUCAUUCCUCCCAUCAGGCACGUGUACAAGUCACCUGGAUUUCGAAAAAUGGAGAAAUACUACAAAGAAGUGAUAGUGGACUUCAUUGGAAAGAAAUACCAUGAUGAAAAAAAGACAUUUAAACGAGACGAGUUGCGUCACCUCGUGGACCACCUAAUUCUUGCUCGUACGGAGGCUGAGGAAUCGGAAGGAGAUGCCCUUGUCGCCCUGACAGAUACACACAUCAUACAGACCAUUGCGGACAUAUUCUCUGCGGGUGUGGACACGUCCCGAAUGACAUUGCGGUUUGCGCUGCUACACAUGGCCGCCUACCCCGACAUACAAGCGAAAGCCCAGGAGGAAAUUGACCGCGUCGUAGGCCGUGACCGUCUCCCAGGGUUGAGCGACCGACCGGAUCUAGCGUACACGGAGGCCGUGCUACAUGAGAGUAUGCGCAUCGCCACCGUGGCCCCCACCGGCGCCUGGCACGAAACGCUUUGUGACACAUCCAUAGGAAGUUACAAAAUCCCUAAAGGCACGCCGGUGAUUAUCAACCACUGGGCCUUGCACCACGACCCGGAUGCCUGGGACGAGGUUGAGAAGUUUAAACCCGAGCGCUACCUGGACGAGCACGGGAAGCUCGGACCAAAACCCAAGAGCUGGCUCCCCUUUGGAGCAGGCAAACGAGUGUGCCUGGGAGAGUUCGUUGCAAAACCAGAGUUGCACCUGAUCUUCGCGAGCUUAUUACAGCGUUAUCGGUGGUCGGCAGAGCCAGAACGCGUUGUGGACAUCUCGCCCGAGAAAAGCCCGAUGUCAAACACUCCAAAGGCGCAGAAACUCCGCAUGGAAAGGCGGAUAUAAAUCUAUAUUUAUAGGGGGGGGGGCAUACAUUUUAGUCUGGCUAUUUUAUAUUUUGAGACAUGACAAUAUGCAGGCAUUUAAUAAUGUGAUGUAUGUGUACAUAAUCGAACUUUGAUAAAGUUAAAAGUUAUAGGCAUGAUUUCAUAUUCCGUAUAAAAUAAAUUAUUUUUAAUAAACUGUUAUAUUUACUAAUAAAAGUUUAUAAAUGCAAA